UGAUUCUACAUUUCAACAAAACGUUCAUUUUAACAAAGCUCCUUCACAAAGAAUUGUUACAGCUUAAAUUUAUUUUUUUUAAUAGGUUGAUCAUUCAAAGCAAGCCAAAGCCAGUCACAGAAAUAUUUGUAAUUUCUGUAGUGACAAGGAAUUCUUGGCGUUUGAAAAAAAUGGAAGAGGGUCUCUUUGAAGUUGUACUGCGCAGUGCAAAUCACAUCCCAUCAGGUCGCCAGCUGCCCCGCACUCCUCCUAUGAUGAGUGUAAAGAAACAUUUGGAUUUUGAGGAUGUGGAACCUGUGAUGCCGAACAGCAACGCAAAGGCAGAUGGAGAUGUUAAGGUGUUUGGUUGUAGCAGUCUUAAAAUGGAGAACCCUUAUACUAUGCUGAAGGGCAUGAAGGGGUACCAUCUCACUCCUGAUGACCUAAACUUCAUCAGAAAAAAGGCAGAGGAAGAACAUGUAAAAAAGCUUCAGGAACAACUGGCAGAGACUCAGGCCCUGCUGAAAAUGGAGGUGAAGAUGUUGGAGCUUGCACUUGUGUCUAGGGCGACGACGCAGGCCACCUUCAGCCUGAUCCCGUCGAGUGACGAUCUGGCCAACUGGGCCAAACUGGUCCUGAGAGAGACCUCACCUUCUGACUUCACACAUCUGGAUACAAAGUCACUUCUGGCUCUCAUCAAAAUGGAAGAAAUCCAAAGAUUAACUGACCAAAAAAAGAAAGUCAUUGCAGUGAUGGAGGCAACUGCUGCAGAAACGUUCAAGAAAGAAGCUGAAGAGAGAGGCCAUCUUGAAAUGCAAGUUGCCAGUGAGGAGCUGAAGAUUCUGGAGCUGAUGAGAAAAUUGACAGUUCUGAAAUCAGACCUCCUCCAGCAGGAAUUUCUGUUCUGUUUUGCUUGGAGUCUGAAGCAGGACGGCGCGCUCUCGGCAACUGCCAAGGAAAACCGAGUGAGCAAGAACGAGACUCAAGGAGACGCGCGUGAGAAACUGUGCCAGCUCCGCCAUAGCCGGGCAGAGAACAUGCAAGUGGCUCCAAGUCUCAGCGUGGAGGCAAGGUGUGAAUCCCUCGACCGUGUUCGAUGCCAGUUGUAA